GGGCUGCUGGCGGGGCUGGGUUAGAACAAUGCAGGCACCUGCCCAUCUCUGGCUAUCUGAGAGGGAUUGCAUCGGAGAGUUAGAUCAGCCGAAGCAUCCUUUCAGAUUUCUAUUACUCCAAAUAGCUUUUUGGUGCCCCCUUUUUUUUUUCCAGCAAAAGACUCCACCCAAUCUUGCUUGAUUAAAUGCAAUGAACUCUUGGUAGUAGAUGUCCGCAAGUCAUUCUUCCCUGGGAUUGGAACCAAACGACUACUUUUUGUAGCUGUAUGCUAGUUCAACAGGGUGGUGAUGUGGAAUGACAUCGAACAUCUUGGAGCUACAGAUCUCCGCUGCUUCUUCGUCACAUCCAUUUCUCUCAGCAGCUUCAUUCCAUCGCAUUUCACAUUCUCCAGAGUUAUCCGUGGAGUUUAAAAUGAAAGAACAGGUAGGAUUUCAGAGGAAGUCCAUCCUUUUUCAGCUCUGGGAUUUAUUCCUUGUUCGACGGCCAGUGUUAUUCUAACUCUAGGAUCCUUCCACCCCACCCCAUUCUGUCUGGUAUUUUUCUUACUCUUUUUGCUACGUGUUGUGGUCGCACGCGAAGAGCGGUAGAAGGCAUCAAUUUGUUGCACAAGGCAGAGCGCUUCCACCUUUAUUUAGUCAUGAUUCAUCUAGAGUACUUCCUCAUCCAGCUGCAGAAUCCACAUGACAUUGCACUACCUCAUUUUGAAGACGGACCUCACAGCUUCGUUGCAAUAAGGGAAACGUACGGCUGACCCACUUCUACCAUAGAAUCGACUGGCAGCUGGAUUAGUCAAACAGGUAGUCUUGGAAGUCUCUCAUCUCAUUCGUCCUGCUUUCCCCAGGAUGGACAACGACUGUAGGAAUGAACUGGACCACUUCCAAGAAAAACUGUGGAUCAUCAUAGUUCUGCAGUUCUUUUUCGCUGUUGUUGGGAAUGGCUUUGCGAUCUACCACUUUGUGAUGUGGGAACGCUCCUGGCAUUCUGGCAUCGUCUACUCCUUCAACCUGGCUCUCUGUGACCUGUUCUAUGCCAUCUCCUUGUUGCCCUUGGCUGCUUACUAUUUCCCUCCCAAGGACUGGAAAUACGGCUCCUUUCUCUGCAAACUGGAACGCUUUGUCUUUUUCUUCAACUUGUACGGCAGCACCUUUUUCAUCGCCUGCAUCAGCCUGAACCGCUACAUUGCCAUUGUCCAUCCCUUCUUUGCCCAUGACCGUCUCGAACCCUUCCAUGCCAAACUGGUCAGUGGGGCUGUGUGGUUGCUGGCGAUGGCCGUCUCAGCCCCCGUCCUUCGUUUCUCCACCUUGCAAGGCAAAGACAAUGUAACACAUUGCCUAGGAAGUGCCACUAAAGCAGAAUUGCUUACUUAUUGGCCAUACAGCUUGUUCCUACUGACUUUUGGCUGUGGGCUGCCUUUUCUCCUGACUCUCUUUUCUUGUGUGGCCAUUGUUUAUGCUGUUAGACGCAGCCACGGUACCACCAGGGAGGAAAAGUGCAAAGUGAAGGUGCUGAUUUCUACAGUUGUGCUCCUCUACGCCCUCUUUUACUUGCCUUUUCAUGCCCUUCGCAAUACACACCUGAAUAUUCGUAUACAGGACAACUGCAACUUGCUUCUCUACAUCGUCUACCAAAUAACUAAGAUCCUAGUUAACUUUCAUGUUUGCAUCCACCCAUUCAUCUACACAGCUCUAGCUAAGAACAUGCCCAAAUAUUGCUGCAGAAUUUUACGGCAGCAAAAGGAGCUGCGAGCAGAAGAGAAGAACGUGGAACUGCGUCUUUACCACCAGCCCCCUCCUUAUGGCAACCCAGACCAGUGAUGACAAUAUGUUUGGCUACUAGUUGGAGUUGCUACUUACUGGCAAGCUUUCUACUGCAGUCCGAAUUGGAAAACGCUGGGCCUUCUUGAUGCUACUGGAUUGAAAGGCCCAGAAUUCCCAGCCAGCCUGGCCAGUGGUUGGAGAUGCUGGGAAGUGUAGUUUAGCAAUAUUCGGAGGGCCUCACCUCUCCCAGCCCUAGCUGUGUUGCAGUGUGGCAAGGCUUAGCAUUGCUGUUAAAGCAGUGGCAGGUCCUUCUAUACCAGCUGUUUGAUGUAAGAGCAGAGUCUUACGUUACAGAGUACAAGCAUCCCCUGGCCACAUAUUUAUUCUGCCAUGUCCCUGGGACAUUGCCUUCCCCAACCCAUGCAGGAGACAGCCUUAAAUUGUGAUGAGCUGCAUCCAGGUUAAGGUUUUCCCCAGAAACAAAUAGCAACAGACUGCAUUUUCAAAGGGCAUAAAAUCCGAAGUGUUUUGCUGUCCUGGUGGUCCUCAGCACUGUUCAGGUGACAUGGGGGGCAGGAUCAACCAGUGUCUCCUGGCCAUGUCAGGUUGGAAUAGGCACACACCCUCUUGGUCCCCAGGAACUUUCCUCCACGGUCCCUCUGUUUUUCUUCCCUGCUGAAAGGGCUGGGCACAGCUGGGUGGGUGCCACUUUGUUCCUGCUAGGCCUGAUGCUGGCAAAGUGGGGAACAGCUCACUCCAGACGAGAUCAUUAUGGAAACAUGGCCCAGCUGCCCUCCAGACUGGGAAAGAGAACCAAAAGUCUUUUACCAGGAAACAGCUGAAAAGGUCUAGGAUUUAAGCUCUGGAGAAGGACACACAGCCACGUUCUCUCUGCUGGAUUCCUCUAUUGUGCAGUGCUUUUCUUUUGCAUUGAAUAUGAUGGCAGCAAAACUGGAGUUAACUGAUAGAGUUAGAGUCAGACUGGGGUCACGAACGAUUGAACUUGCAUCCCUCAACAGAACAUGCCAACAAGCUCUGUGGUUAAGUUUGCAAAAGAAUUGAAACAGGAAGAUAGUGAUCAGGUGUGAAGCUAGCUAGCAGAAGGACAGGAGCGGAGAUAUAGAAGUGUAUUCAGAUAAAGCCUAAAAUAAAGAUGUUCCAAAACCACUAAGUGUCCCAGAUACAGAAAAUCACCAGUUGUUUUGGACACAGACAUAUAUGGUUUGAAAAGGUGUUAUGGUUAUGGGAUGUUAGCUAUUAAGUACACAUGCUCAACUAUGUGACCAAUCAUGUAACCUCUGAUUACGAUGC